UGCACCCACCACCCCCUCCUCUGUGGAACUAAAUUACACCAUUAUCAUACCUUAUCUUUGGUAAUUACUAUGUAACCUCUCAGCUUUCUGAAAAAAAUGCAGUGAUAAAAUCUGUGACAAUCGGAGCGUCACUGAGCACUCUGAUAAAUUUGAAUUGAUAAGAGAAAGUCAACAUGGAUUUGUAAUGGGCGGUUAAUGUGAUAGGGAGAAGAAUGUCUACAGAUGCAUUUUUUUUAUGAACAGGUGAUUAAUUAGGCAGAAGGUUGCAAUGAGAAGCAAUAUGUAUUUGUACUGGAGGGAAGUAUUUAAUGAUGACCCUAUACUGGACUGAAGCCUGUCAUUAACAAUAUAUGUCAGACCUGAUGUGAAGGAAGCAACUGCAGAUACUGGUUUAAUCCGAAGAUAGACACACAAAGGUGGAGAAACUCAGCGGGACAGGCAACAUCUCUGGGAAGAAGGAAUGGGUGAAGUUUCGGUCUGGUCUGAAGAAAGGUCUCGACCCGAAACGUCACCCAUUCCGGCUCCUGAGAGAUGCUGCCUGUCCCGGUGAUUUAUUCCAGCAUUGUGUGUCUAAAUUCAGUGCAAACCAGCAUCUGCAGUUCCUUCCUACACAUGUUCUAACGCUGUUCACCUUGGAGUGUAGGUAAGGUCGCCUUGUCUAGCGCACCUUCAUCUCAGGCUCCCGCCUCUGAGAGGAAAGAUAAGAAACUGCGUGACUACAUUUCCCGACAGCUGAGUGGAUGAGAUAAAAAUAAAUUAUCAGACAACACCAUCACGGGUAGUCGUUAAAUUCUCCGGGUGUUUCAGGCACCUCAAGCCCUCUGUGGUAGUUGAAACAAUCUCGGGGAACCAAGAGGGAAAUGAAGACAGCAGAAAAUGAUGAAACGAUGCAAUUAAUCAAACGAGCUGAAGCAGCGGCAUGGUCGGGAAAUACGUUCAUUUAUGUCAGGUGGUCGUGAAUCCAACCCUUUAAAUGAAACAAUGGACUCGCAUCCGAAGCAGCAAUGAAAUAAAGAAAAGCUUGUCACAGAGAAAAGAAUCAAAUAGCUGUUUGAAGAAGUCCAGGAAAAGAACGAGAGGUGAUUCGUCGAUCGAGAGGCCCAAAGAAAAGAAAGUCCGAGGGCGUGGAAGAAACAGCAAAUUAAGAUUAUUUUCAAGAACACAAUGGCAGUUUCAAGAUCCAUGAGGUCCCUUAUCAAAUACAUCAUUGGAAUUGCAGUCGGAAUUUUCACCAGCUCCUAUUUCAUUAACACGGCCAAAUUACAUAUUCAAGGCAGCACGCAAAAUGAUCAUAAUCGCUACAACUUCCAUCAUUACUGGCUUCAUGGAAAUGGAAUGAUGAAUUAUAGUUCAAAGAGAAAUCACUCGGCAUCAGAUGAUUUGUACAAGAAGGUGCGCAUCCUUUGUUGGGUGAUGACGGCACCUGCCAACCUGGAGACUAAAGCCAGGCACAUCAAAGCCACCUGGGGCAAGCGCUGUAACAUCUUGCUGUUCAUGAGCUCCGAAAGCAACCCGGACUUCCCUGCAAUUGGACUGGAAACCAAAGAGGGCAGAAAUCAGCUGUACCACAAAACCAUUAAAGCCUUCCACUAUGUGCACCAACAUCACAUUGACCAGGCCGAGUGGUUUCUGAAGGCCGACGAUGAUACCUAUGUCAUCGUUGAGAAUCUCAGGCUCCUGCUCUCCAAGUACAGCCCCGAUGAUGCUGUGUACAUGGGCAGGCACUUUAAGAUGUACCACAAACAGGGCUACAUGAGCGGAGGGGCGGGUUACAUUUUGAGCAGGGAAGCACUGAAAAGGUAUGUGACAGCCUUCAAAGAUGAGACCUGCCAUCAUACUUCCCAUGUGGAGGACGUGGCGCUGGGAAAAUGCAUGGAGACACUUGGAAUUGGACCAGGAGAUUCCAGAGAUAACCACCAACGAGAGACGUUUUUGCCCCUUUCACUGGAGAAUCUUUUGGUUCGAGGUCGGUAUGCCAAAAACUUCUGGCUCUGGAAGUUCAUCAAUUACACAUCUGGAGACGGGCCUGAGUGCUGCUCAGACUUGGCAAUUUCUUUUCACUACAUAAAUCCUGCAUUCAUGCACAUUCUGGAGUUCUACAUUUAUCAUCUACGUGCUGUGGGUUACAAGUACAGAAAAAUCACUGAUUUCCCAAACCCACCCAAAGUGGUGGAAGGGAAAAGCAACCAGUGACAAUAUAACAACGGCAAACUGCUCCGGACAAAUGUCCCGUUGAGUCUCAAGAAGGGCCCCAACCCGAAACAUCACCUAUCCGUGUUUCCAGAGAUGCUGCCUGACCCGCUGAGUUACUCCAGCACUUUGUGUCCUUUUUCCAGUUGAGAGAAUUGUAUCUUCUUUACAAAUAUCUUGUGAUAACAAUAGUUUGCAUUUACCUAAUGUCUGAUAUACAGUGAAACACUUCAUAGUACUACCUUAGACAUAUCGGAUUGACUUGUUAUUGUCACAUGUGCUGAGAUACUGAGGUGGGAAGCUUUUGCUUGCAAGCUAUCCUAUUAAAUCAGAUAAUGCUGUACAUGAGUACAUUCAUGCCAAAUACUAGUACUAUAGGUAGCGCGCAACGAGAAAAAUGCCAGGUGGAGGGGCAAGUAGUAUUAAGUAAAUAGAGCAUCAACAAAAGGACAAGUUGGGAGAGCGUGCAAAGAAGUGGCAAAUUGAUACAGCGUAGCAAAGUGUACGAUCAUGCACUUUGGAAUAAGCAAUAAAGGCGUAGACUAUUUUCUUAAUGGCAAGAGGAUUCAGAAAUCAGAGGUGCAAAGGGACUUGGGAAUGCUGGUGCAAGAUUCCCAAAAGAUUAAUUUGCGGGUUGAGUCAGUUGUAAGGAAGCCAAAUACAAUGUUAGCAUUCCUUUCAAGAGGUCUAGAAUAUAAAAGUAAAGGGCCUCCCACUUAGGCGAUUUUUUAGGUGACUGUCAUCGUCGUAGCAGGUCGCCGAUAAGCCCGCGACUGGAUACCCCCCCGCUACGACAAUGUCUACGACAAGCUACAACAACCUACCACCAAGUCGACAUCAAGCUACCGACAAUCGGCGACCCAUUAGGACGUCCGCCUACAAAACCUACGAUGACACAGGCGCCAACCUCCAACAACCGAAGUCAACCUACGUCCACCGGCGACAAGCUACAACCCUGUCGGCGACAACUGAACACAAUUCAGUCGGCGGUACCUGUCGCGGGUUGAUAUAUGUUGAUGUUGAUAGUCGCCAAUGGAAUUCACCGAAGUCAGCAUCUGCGACAACCUACGUCACCUGGCGACAACCUACAACAGUAGCUACGUCAGGAGAAGUCAAGCUACGCUCAUGGGCGUCAACCCACUGUCGCCUACUGUCACUGAAAAUUUUUGAACAUGUUGAAAAUCCAGCGGCGACCAGAAAGACGCUACGACUCUUUAGGGCCUGUUCC